GGCCUGAUAUUUCAUUUCUUCAUACUCGAGCACUUCCUCACCUUGUCACCCUUAUCCUGCAUUGCAUAGGCCGUUCGAUUUUCCAGCUCUAGCUAUGGCGCCGCCGACACCCGCGUACGCAAAGUCGAUCAUCAAAAUCCUCUUCAUCUCAUUAAUAUUCGAUUUGCUUUCGUUUACUUUAAUUUUACCUUUAUUCCCCAGACUGCUCGCCUUCUACCGUGCGCAGCCUGAUAAUGUAGUUCUCGAGUCUAUUUUCGCGACCCUAAAUACUUUCAAAGCUUCAUUCCACCGGCCAAUCUCCUCCCGUUUUGAUGUAGUCCUGCUUGGUGGGGCUCUCGGGUCUUUAUUUUCAUUUCUUCAGGCAAUCUCUAGUCCAUUCUUGGGUGCUCUCAGCGACCGCUAUGGGCGCCGAACAGCUCUAUUGUAUUCCAUGAUUGGAAACAUAGUCUCCGUUCUACUUUGGGUCGUCGCAACUGAUUUCCCGACAUUCCUGGCUUCUCGUGUAGUUGGUGGUCUAUCGGAGGGAAAUGUACAGCUAGCUAUUGCUAUUGCCACUGACGUCUCCACCCCAGAAACUCGUGGUGCAACUCUGGCGUUGGUGGGUGCUGCAUUUUCAAUUGCCUUUACCUUUGGGCCUUUGUUGGGAGCGUUCCUUGCCUCCAAGACAAUCUCAUUGGAGAACCCUUUCGCAGCCGCAGCUGUGUUCUCGUUGGUACUUUUGGUAGUAGAGACGGCGUUUUUGUACUGGAAGCUACCGGAGACCCGCCCUCUGAAUGAAGAGCCCAGCAAGGGGACUGGGGAUAAAAAGAAGUCAGAAGGAUCACCAGAGGGGUCGAGCAUCUUUCUCUUGAACCUUACACACUUCUUGUUUCUCCUUAUAUUCUCCGGAAUGGAGUUCUCCCUACCAUUCAUGACCUUUGACUUGUUCAAUUACACCUCCGCGGAUUCUGGCAAGCUUCUCGGAUUUGUCGGCCUUCUGGCCUCAGCUCUCCAGGGCUCAUUUGUUAGGAAAUACCCACCAAUUUUAGUUGUAAAGACCGGGCUAGCGAGUGCUGGUAUCAGCUUCUUCCUUCUCAGUAGAGUCAACACCCAAUCACAGCUAUACGUUGCCGCAGCAUUCCUCGCGGUAACGAGUGCCUGUGUAGUGACUAGCCUCACCGCAUUAGUCAGUUUCAAAACGGGUGAGAAGGAUAGAGGACGGGCACUUGGUAGUUUUAGAUCUGCUGGUCAGAUUGGAAGAGCUACUGGUCCGAUCUUGUUUUGCACCCUGUACUGGUGGGCCGGAAGGCAGACAGCAUAUCUGGUUGGGGGGACGGGAAUGGUAGGAGUCGCAGCCUUAGUCUUCACCGGCAUCGUUUCGUAGGUGAAGCGGUGGACUUUGAGCGAGAGGUGGAACAGCAUACUGCAUACUGCAAAAGGGGGGGAUGUGGAGGAAGGAGGCAAACCAGAGAGGAGAUGACGACGACAAAUCUCUUGACACCACCACUAGGGCCCUCAGUCACAGAGAAGGGUCUGCAUAUCUGGACAGACCUCCGUGCCGUCCUCAUACUAGUACUUGUAUAUAUCAAGAUACCAUCCUGCACCGUAGCAUAUCGUACUUGUACUCGCACACAACUCCCGAGCCAUAAUUUGGCGGG